AUGAACUACUCAAGCAGCAACAGCAACAGCAGCAGCAAUAGCAGCAGCAGCAGCAGCAGCAGCAGCAGCAGCAGCAAUAAUUGUGUGUCUUGUUAUGUACAGAAGUUGAAGAAAGUUGCGAAGGAAAUUGGCGUAGAGAUAACAGAUGAAGAAAUACAAGAGGUAUUUCUUUCUCCCCUACCCAACAGCAGCAGCAGCAGCAGCAGCAACAGCAGCAGCAGCAGCAAUAGCAGCAAUAGCAGUAGCAGCAUUAGUUGUUUCAAUACAGCAGCAACAGCAGCAGCAGCAGCAGCAGCAGCAGUGUCCAACAGCACAACAGCAUAG